UGCGCGCCAAGAUUGUGUGGUCAGCUCUCGGGUUUCCGCUGGUGUGUCUGCUAUGAGUACCAGACGUGAAAAAAAAGCUUGACCGUGACCUUUUGCGUACGCGGAAGUGAGGUUCACCUCGUUGUCUUCUCAAGAUACCCAAUAUGUUUCGAGACGGGAAAGGCAACGAGCGAGCCUUGCUAGGCUGGAGUAUGUUGGAUCACGACGACAGUGUCAGUGACAUCAACGACUGUGACGACUACUCCAAUUCGUCAGCGUGCUUGCCUGACAAUGUGUAUUCGCAUGUCGUGCCUGAACCUCAGUCAGUAGACGCGCUCAUCUUCGGAGGGCAGAACGCAAUUUUGCAACCCGAAUCAACGCCAAGGUUGUCGGAAGCAGCAGCAGAACCGCCGGGCGAAUCUGCAGCAUCGCUCAAGCUACCGAGCGACAUUCCCACCUUAAUUUUAAAUACCUCAGAAAGUGCCUCGUGGGCAACGGGCGUCGAAAUUAAUUCCCGGAGUCCAUCUUUUGUACAAGAUAGCAUGCAAACCAGCAGUACGAGCAGAAAGCCGGCACGCAGAAGGCGGAAAACGUGCAGUUUUCAAGGUAACCAGUACGUGAUUGAUGAAAGCAGCAGUGACGAUUCCGCAGAAGAAAGCCGCUAUAGCCAGGACAGGGUGACGCGAGCCCGCAUAGCCAUCGACGAAAUCACCGAAGAUGAAAUGAACAGCUCCACUGACGCGGAACCAACGAGACUGCAGCCGUCCUCGUUACGUAGCGCGGAUACAGAAUCGCCGAUUUCAGGAAGUAUUAUUCAUUCGGGCUCCGGCCUCGAUGAUGCACAGUUCAGCAAUACCGAAAGCCCCACAUCAAGGCAAAACGCUUUGAAAAAUGGAUUUGAAGAACGUCUUUUGGUGUCCAGGCAAAAGGAGAGUGCGGACUUGACACUUUGGAAAUUCUACAAAGAAAAUGCCAACUUCCCUAAAACGUUUUAUCCUGAUGCACCUGAAACAUUUACGGCGAAGAUACUUACCCUGGAAAACGUUUAUGGCACCGCCUUCUGUGUCUGCGAGAUUGACAGCCUCACACAUGACAAAUCAGAGGUGUGCAUUGCACUUCCAUUGGAACUAGUCAAUCGUGAAAAGUUUGAUACUGGUGCACUCUUACGUAUUCAUCCACCGUGGAGGGAGUACGAGCUUUCAACUUAUCCCAAAAAAAUCAUUUCUGGUGUGCAGUGUUUUGAAGUGCUGGAAAGACAUUAGUCUCGUGAUAUAAACUUAAGAAAGUUGUGUCACCACAAAUGUAUAGACUUUAAGGGCACUGUUUUGUUUAUUAUUUAUGUGCUUUCGCAAAAGUUUGUGUAAUGCAAAAAUUUUAUUACUGACUUGAUAUGCUUCGGCCACAUUUAAAUUUGCUGUAACUUUGCAUAACAGCUUUAAUAGGGCCAAAGGAAGGUGUACGUUAAGGGCUCAUUUUCUUCGUUAGACACAAUAUUUAUGAGAUCUAACAGGCAAUCAUGCCGAGGAAAGUAUAGGGGAUGUUAUUACAAGUAAUUGUAAUGUAAAUGCGAAAAAAGAAAAGUGGACAAAAAGAUGACUUACCGUGGGCAGGGACCGAACCUGCGACCAUCGAAUAACACGUCCGAUGCUCUACCAACUGAGCUACCAUGGCGGCUGUCCUCCCCUGUCCUUUUGAUGAGGUAUAUAUGUGCAUUAUAUAUAAGCGUAAGAGCGUCAGUCAGCACCACCUGCAGCCAUGACGGCAAGUGUGGAACGCCCUUUAUCUGCCUGUUUGGCAUCAUGUAUGACGUGACCUUAUUACUAGCUGGCAGCCGACCGAUGUGUCUCUUCAUUUUAACAUAAAGCUUUAUUUUUAAUCCCACAGGCUUGGUGUAGAUUAGAUAAUAUCUAAAUAAAGUUGUUGGUUGACAAA